UACGAGGUUUGGGAUUAGUUUGAAAGCAGUCGCUCUCCGAGGUGGAACCGAUUCGCGGAAAGAAGUAAAUCAGUGACCAUGAAGAGUUUGUUCGUUUGUUUGCUGCUGGCCCUGGCCGGUCAAUCGCUUGCUCAAAGCCAAGAUGAGUUCGUGGAGUAUCUGCUGGAGAUCCAGUACCAGGCGGAAGCCAUCCAUCAGCUGAUGGAGGGUACUUUCGACAAUGUCCGCUUCUCGAUGAGCGACCAGCUGGUUGAGCUGAACCGUCAGUUGAUUGGCCGCAUGAACGAAGCCCUGGAGGAGGUCGAACAGAUCCGUGAGGAUACGGAAGCGUUCGUCGGAGAGUCGUCCGCUCCUGCUACCUGUGUUAAUGUAGCCACCGCCAACUGGGCUAUCGAAAUCGAAGGAGUCGGACAGGCUCUGUCGCGUUGCGCCAGCCGCGCUAACAUUCAGAUCACCUCGCGUACCGCCGACGUUCAUGCUGCUCUGGAGGCCGCUCAGGUUCAAUCGACGGAGCUUCAGAACAUUGUCGUCCGCGGAUUCAUUGACUGGAACGCGAUUGACUACACUGAGCAGAUCUCGGCUAUUGUGGGAGCUCAGAUUCAGGACAAGUACGAUUACUUCACCAGAAUCACUCAGCCCAACUUGGAGCGCACUCUGCAGGCUAUUUUCGAUCUGGAUGAUAACCUGCUGCCUGAGAUCGUGACCUGCGUCGAUCGCGGUGUGGAGCGUUUCAACAACUACGGCCGUGUCAUCCGCGACACGCUGUUCUUCUGCUCGCAGUAAGACAUGUUGUAACGGGAAGAGUAAGAAUAGCAAUACACAAACAUUAAAAUAUA